UUCUUUCCGGCUCCGAUUUUUUACAGCGGGCAGCGAGAUCGAAGAAAGAUCACGCUCGUAGCUAUAGCCUUGUGAUGUAUCGUAUCUUCACUUCAAAGCAAGUCUUCGUGUGCGGGGAAAGUGUUGCGGUGCAGAGAUAUUGUUGUGUGCGAGAGGAGACGGUGGUGGUGGUAGGGCUGAGAGAAUCCAGCCAGUCCAAGAAAGAAGAAGGCGACAAAUGUGAGAAAAACAGCAAGAGAACAACGCACGAGAGAUUAAUGGCCUUGCCGCCUUUUUCUUGAUCUUUUUAUUUUCUUUUCUCUCUCCAUCUAUCCUUAUUAGAGGGUUGUAGCUGAACUGUUUUGCUUUUCCCCGCCUACUGCUGAAAGAUUCUCUCCCUUUCAGGUCAAAGAAGUGAAAGCAAAAGGAAGAAACAGUUGAGCAGAGGAGAGGAGAGUAGGGAGGUGGCUACUGACAUGGAUGCAAAAGAAGAUGCAUGGCACAGCGAACUGGCCCCCAGCAGCCCAUGCGCGAUAUUCCCCUUGUGCAUCCAUACAUAUACCAACGGAGGAGGAGGAAUAUAUCUGAGAAGUGGAGUCCAAGGAAAGGAACCAACUGAGCCAGAGCCAGCCUAUAAGAGCCCGCGCGCAGCUCGCGGCAUCGAUCACGUUGUAAGUUUGCUGCUGCUGUCGUUGGCCAGGAGGUCCGUGUCGUCGCCGGCCGCAGUCGUCUACAACUCCGACCGCCGCGGCUUCUCAUGCUGGCAACGCCGCUGAUCCUGCGAUACCGCGCACCGUGGUGGGCACGCUGGAAAUGUCAUCGUCGGGUCAACAGCACGGCGAGGACAGGCCGCGGCUCAGGUGGACGCGCCAGCUGCACGAGCGGUUCGUGCUCGCCGUGUCGGAGCUCGGCGGCGCAGACAGUAAGUCGUCGUUGCUUGCUCAUUCCCAGACGGCUUUGCAUGAAUGGCGGCUCCUUUUUCCUCCUUUUGAUUCGAUCACGGCCUUUCUUGGCAUUGCAGAGGCGACGCCCAAGUCCGUGCUGAGAGCGAUGGCCGUGCCGGGGCUCACGCUGUACCACCUCAAGAGCCACCUUCAGAAGUACAGGUUGGCCGUAAGCCGAGGCGUCGGCAACAAGGGAGAAGGCUUGAACGACCGGUUGUCCUCGGAGAGCCCACCGGACGAGUACGAUGAGGAUACCAUCGCCCAGUUGCAUCGUGCAUUUGCUGACGACGAUGGCGCCGGUGCUAAAGAAGCUCUCUGUGAUUCUUCCAGGAACAUGGCGCGCAUACAGAGGGAGGUCCAGAUGAAAUUGCAGGAGCAGAUCGAGGUGCAGAAGCACCUGCAGAUAAGGAUCGAGGCGCAGGGGAGGUACCUGCAGUCCGUGCUGCGCAGAGCACUGGAAGUCCUCGACGACGACAGCCUGGGCUCGCCGGCCGGCACAGAGGCCGCCAAGGCGGAGCUCUCGGAGCUGGCCUCCACGGUGGAAACCGGGUGCCUGUCCUCUUCAUCCUCCCUCUCCCCGUCCCCGCCGCGCCACCGCUCCGCCGACAGCGGCGUCACGUCGUCCUCUGAGGCCGAAAGCAAGGCCGCUGCCGGGUCCAAGAGGCUCUGCACGUGCACCAGCGCGCUCGACUGCACCGUCGAGCAGCCGGUGCAGAGCAAGAGGACGUUCCUGCAGAGCCACCACCAGCAGCAGCAGGGCGAGGCAGAGGAAGAAGAAGCAGAAGCAGAAGCAGAGGAUGGCAGUUCAGAGAUUGAUCUGAACAGGUAGGGGAAGAAGAUCAGAAGCAUCUCUGUUGCAUGUGCUGUGCAUUGGAAAAACAGGGGCUGAUUGGUGGGGUGGCCUUCAAGGUUGGGACCAGGCUUUUGAGCAUUGUCUGCUGCUGAAACAGCUGCCCCCUUCAAUCCAUAAUAUGAUACUUAUAUUUUCAUUUAUGCAUAUGGUUCUUGUGUUUCAUGUACCUCUGUAAAAAAUUGUGACUGGAACUGGAGGCAGGCCCAGCUGCAGAUGAUGCAGGCAGCUUGCAGCAUGCUUGAGGUGCAAUGCAAGGAUGCAUGUAUAGAACUGUGCUAGUUAGUACUAUUAUAUGCCGUCAGUGAGAUUGAUGCCUUAUGGGGGCAAUGGGAUGAGAGCUGGAAAUUGUUUAGAAUGUAAGUUAUGAAGAUUAAAAUUUCA